GGUGAUGGGAGACCAAAUUUCCCCGAAGACCGACGUAGCUGAGCUGGAACUUGAAGCUGUGAUCGGCUUCAAUGGACAUGUGCCAGCAGGCCUGAAAUGUCAUCCUGAUGAGGAGCAUCUGAUUUACCCUCUGGGUUGCACAAUCCUCAUUCAGUCAAUAAAUACCCUAGACCAGAAUUUUCUACAUGGUCACGGCAACAAUGUCUCCUGUGUGGCCAUUUCUGCAAGAGGAACUUACAUUGCCUCGGGACAAGUCACAUUCAUGGGAUUCAAGGCAGAUAUCAUUUUGUGGGAUUAUACGAAAAGGGAGCUGAUUGCUCGACUAUCACUUCACAAGGGCAAAAUUGAGGCUCUGGCCUUUUCACCAAAUGACCUGUACUUGGUAUCACUUGGCGGCCCAGAUGAUGGAAGCGUGGUGGUGUGGAGCAUCGCCAAGAGAGAAGCCAUCUGUGGCAGCCCGGCCGCGGGCCUCAACGUGGGGAACGCCACCACCGUCAUUUUCUCCAAGUGCCGUGAUGAGAUGUUCGUCACUGCUGGAAAUGGGACAAUUCGAGUUUGGGAACUGGAUCUCCCAAAUAGGAAAAUCUGGCCUACUGAGUGUCAAACUGGGCAGAUGAAGCGUAUAGUCAUGAGUAUCACUAUGUCCAAUGAUGACAGCUUUUUCUACCUUGGUACCACGACUGGAGACAUUCUAAAAAUGAACCCUAGGACCAAAUUGCUGGCCGACACUGGACCUAUGAAGGACAAAUAUAGUCUGGGAGUGUCAGCUGUCAAGUCCCUGAAGAUGGGAGGUUUGUUGGUGGGCUCUGGAGCUGGCUUGCUGGUCUUCUGUAAAAGCCCCAGCUAUAAACCUAUCAAGAAGCUCCAGUUACAAGGUGGCAUCACUUCUAUCUCACUUCGAGGGGAAGGACACCAUUUUUUCGUAGGAACUGAAGAAUCACACAUUUAUCGUAUCACCUUCACAGAUUUCAAAGAGACUCUCAUUGCGACUUGUCACUUUGAGGCUGUCCUGGACAUUGUCUUUCCAUUUGGCACUAAUGAGCUGUUUGCCACCUGUGCCAAGAAGGACAUCAGAGUGUGGCACACGCUGUCAAACAGGGAGCUGUUGCGGAUCACUGUGCCCAACAUGACCUGCCAUGGGAUCGAUUUCAUGAGAGAUGGCAAGAGCAUCAUUUCUGCCUGGAACGAUGGUAAAAUCCGAGCCUUUGCCCCAGAGACAGGCCGGUUGCUGUAUGUCAUUAACAACGCCCACAGGAUCGGAGUGACGGCCAUCGCUACCACCAGCGACUGCAAAAGGGUCAUCAGCGGUGGCGGGGAAGGGGAGGUGAGGGUGUGGCAGAUAGGCUGCCAGACCCAGAAGCUGGAGGAGGCCCUGAAGGAGCACAAGUCUUCCGUGUCCUGCAUUAGGGUGAAGAAGAACAACGAGGAGUGUGUCACGGCCAGCACUGAUGGGACGUGCAUCAUCUGGGACCUGGUGCGCCUUAGAAGGAAUCAGAUGAUCCUGGCUAACACCUUAUUCCAGUGUGUUUGUUACCACCCUGAAGAGUUCCAGAUCAUCACCAGUGGGACAGACAGAAAGAUUGCUUACUGGGAAGUCUUUGAUGGGUCAGUAAUCAGAGAGUUGGAAGGUUCCAUGUCUGGAUCAAUAAAUGGUAUGGAUAUCACACAGGAAGGAGUACACUUUGUUACAGGUGGAAAUGACCAUCUGAUCAAAGUAUGGGACUAUAACGAGGGUGAAGUGACUCAUGUUGGGGUGGGACACAGUGGCAAUAUCACACGCAUCCGGAUAAGCCCAGGAAAUCAGUACAUCAUCAGUGUAAGUGCCGACGGAGCCAUUUUGAGAUGGAAAUACCCGUUCCCCUCAUGAAGCCACUGAGACCUCACACGCUUCUCUUGAAGACUGAGCUUAGUUAACAACAAGGCUGGUCUUGAUUUAGUCCAUCUGUUUUUGUUCUUUA